UUUUGCAGGAACGUAAAGAAUACUGUUAAAUUAAAUGAAAAGAUGUUGGAGAUGGGGGUAGAGGACAGCGAGAGCUGGCACAAGCAGUACAAGGACAGUGCUUAUAUUUUUAUAGGUGAGAUAUACUGUCAUUAAAGAUGUCACAUUUUCGUGGUUUGAAGUGGUACCUCUCUAUAAAUUAAACCAUUUAGUCCCAGGAAAAGAGGAUGCUUAUUUUCAAAAAUAAGCUAACCAUAAAACAAUGAUACAGGUACAAAUUUCGUCCACAUUUCACAUGGUGGCAAAAGCACCAUGUGAAAGUACUGUUAGUGUAGCCUAGCUGUCAAAUAUAACACAUACGUAUUUCUAGUCAAUUUGUUUUUCCGGUGGAGAGAAGCAACGACCAGAUAAAAUUAAUUUUGUCUAGGUUAGGUUUCAUUUAAUGAUUAAAAUAAAAUAAAUAAUGAUUUGGAGGUAGUACAUCCACAAAGUGGUUCUUCGUCUACCUGAUUCCUGGUCGAAUUGGAAUUUGGGAAUGUUGGUUUUUGAGGAUAGGGGGAAACCGGAGUACCCAGAGAAAAACCUCUCGGAGCAAAGGAGAGUAACGACAACAACAAACUCAACCCACAUAUGGCGACGACGCCGGGAUUUGAACUCGGGCCGCAUUGGUGGGAGGCGAGCGCUCUCACCACGGCGCCAUCCCUUGCUCCCCAAAAUGAAUGGUCUCACCAUAUUAUUUUGUGUACAAGACCAAAAGUUUGAAAUAUAGAAUAAAAUAAUGGUAAAUAGUGCCAUUAAAAAGGGCUGCUGAAGAGGUUUUGUAAUAAUUAUUAUGAAUUGUCCACUAACCGGUUGUUUUGAUACAAUGUUGUAACUUUCAAUACGAACUCAAGCAAUGAAGUUGCACAAAAAUUUUAAUCACUUCAAGUAUAGUUUGUGCAUGAACAACAAAAACAUUUUGGGUCAAUAUUCUUUGUUUUUUACACUGUAAGCCAAGUAUGCGCUAUUUACAACUCAGCUGAAUAAACUUGUAUCAAAAUCACUUCCAUUGAAAAGACUUUGUAUCGAAAUGACCAGUAUCUGAAUUGCCCCACCUUUCUGUUGCUGUGAACCAAAAUUUGCUAAGAUUACGUGUUUUUUCAGAUAAUGUCUCUUUUUUUUCACAAGGGUCUAGAUUUAAGGUUUGCUUUUAUUUUAGGUGGACUUCCCUAUGAUCUUACAGAGGGUGACAUUUUGUGUGUUUUUUCUCAGUAAGUGCUGCAUUUUACAAUUAAUGAUCAUUUUAUUUGUUAAUACUCUGCUGUUGAAAUUUAAUAAAUUCUUGUGGAAAUUUCAACAGUAUAAUAACAUUUAUCAAUAUUUGUUUUAUUGUAACAGAUAUGGUGAAAUUGUUAACAUAAACCUUGUAAGAGACAAGAAAACCGGAAAAACAAAAGGAUUUUGCUUCUUGUGUUAUGAAGACCAACGUAGCACUGUUCUAGCUGUGGACAAUUUUAAUGGAAUAAAGGUUGGUACAUUUAUCAGUGGCAUCAAUGAAAUGAUACUCCCUUUUACUCAGGGACAUAGCUGAGGAAGAGCUAAGCAAGGGUUUUUAUUAUGCCUUCAGUGAUUAGCUUUAGCAUGCAAAUUUAGUUUAAAUUUUGUUCUUGUUCUUGGUCAAAAUUAAAUUCAGGUGAAAUUUAUUUUUAUCCCAGGUUAAUUAUUUUCUCCUUUGUCUCCUACAACUUUUAACUCCCUAGCCUGAGAAAACAGUCAACAUUUGGCAAGAUUACCACUGGUUUCCCCACCAAUUAAUGAUGUCUGAGAACCGAGUGCAGAAAUUCCAUACUGAUGACACGUUACUACCUAAAUCUGGGCAGUGCUUUUGAUUGGUUGUGGCGGGUGGGAAAUUUGAUUCAACCAAUCAGAAGCACUACCCCGAUAUGGGCAGUGAGGCAUCAUCAGUAUGGAAUUUCUGCGCUCAUUUCUAAGACAUCAUUUGGUGGAGAAACCAGUGGUAGUGUCACCAAAUGUCGGCUGUUUUCUCAGGGUAUUAACUUCCCUAUGAUUUUUGGAAGCAGAUUUUUCACAUUUUAUUCCCAAGAAUAGGUGAUAAUUUGUGAAAAAAGGUUGCCAGAAAAUUUUGGUAUAAAGGAAAAUUGUCCCCUAAAAUUUGCUAAUGAACAUGGGUACUCCGUGUCCUCACAGUUUCAACAAGACCCAUCAGGAUAGCUAAAACUUUCAAGAUGGCCAAAGUUCUCCAACCUAAAACAUCCAACUUUGGGCAGCUCUAAAUUAACAAAACUGACUUCUAAAGCUUGGAGAAAUACAUUCUAGACAUUUCUGACUUGUUUGGAAAGAUUCUUUCACUGGGUGCCCCUGACUACCUCCUUAAAUAAUGAACCUCAAUUUACUUUUGACCUAAAUAACAUACUCAUACCAGUCCUAUAUUUAUGGCCCAUUUUUAAGUUAUCUGUUGUCCUUUUUGUGUCUUUUAGCUUGGUGGUAGAACAAUCAGAGUUGAUCAUUGUUCUAACUACCGGAGGCCAUUAAGUGAUGAAAAAGAUGAACAUGGGAACCGAAAAGAGAUUGUGGAAGUAGGGUGUGCCCCAAAGACACCCUCCCCAUCUCCCCCACAAUCUGAAGAAGAUGAAGAGGUUGCAGAUCUUCCAAAGAAAAGAAAGAAAGAGAAAAAGGCAAAGAAACAAAAGAAACAUAAAGAAGAAAAAUCCAAAAAGAAGCGAGAGACCAGUGGAUCAAGUGAGGAAGAAGGAGGAGAGAAAACGCGUCGGCUUGAUUUGGUAGAUAAGGGUACUUCAAGAAGCGAACCAGGUAAGGCACAACCUAUGGAGAGAGAAAGGCGUAGAGAGUAUGACCAAAAGGUGUCAUAUGACAGGGACAAGUAUGAUUCUCGAGGUAAAACUUUGCAUGAACGGGGACAUGAUGGUGAUAAUAAUAGAGAUUAUAAAAGAAAGGAAGGUAUGGAGUAUAACUCUAAGGAUGAUCAGAGUCACAAACGUGGGCACAGACAUGACUUUUAUGAUAAGGAUACAGUUGAAGCACGUAAUUGGACUCGUAAGGAUAAUCGUAAUCAACAAGCAGUUGAUGAGCACAGAGUCCAGAGGGACAGAGGUGCUUCUCGCACAUCGCAUCAUGGCAACAGAGAUAAAUACUUCAUUGAGAGAAGAGACGGGUCUGAUAAACAAGACUACAGGGCUGCAGAUAGAGAAAGGGCUUAUGAGAGAUCUGAUAGGUACAGUGAUCACAGGGGUCGCAAGGAUAGACGAUAG